GCGCGGCUGGGACCUGUGCCCAAAAUCUCUGUUUUAACUCGCCUGGGACGGUUUAGCAAAAAAAAAAAAAAAAAACCGCACAAAAGGACCGAAGCCUUUAAGAACGUCCCACCGCGGCGCGUCAACUUGACAUAAAACACAUUAUCUCUCCACUGGACCCGAACAGCGCGUCCGUCCUGACAGGAAUCGGGCUUUGAUUGUUUGUUGUUCGAGGAGCUGGCUGAAGAUAAAAUGGGAUGGACGAGUUAACGAGACAGAUGGACUUCUCAGGGGGCCUGUCAGAGGAAAAGGUUGUGCGAGAAACGGUAACCUCCACAUCCAGACUGACUUCUCUGCCACCAAAGGGAACCAGUGGAUCAAAUCACAGGAACAUGUCCAGCGGUGCUGGGGGGUUGGGCUUGGAGAAGAAUGUCUUAACCCAAAACAGCAGUGGAACUUAUUUCACUUCAUCGGCUGUAGGCGUGAACACCACCAGCUACGGCUCCUCUUCGGGAGUCUACCUGGGAGGAGACUCCUCAGGAGGUGAUGGAGGGGGGAUCUUCAUAGACGGAGAGGGCUUCGGAAGCGCAGGGGGAGGCGGAGGAGGCGGGGGAGGCGGGGGAGGCGGGGGAGGCGGAGGAGGCAGUUAUCUCGUCAGCUCUGUGUCAAAGGUCAGGUCCAGCUCGUCGGGUGGUGCCAGGCAGGCGCAGACUGACGGCUCGUCAGGAGGCCUGUCGCCAGUUUCCCGGGAGAGGAAGAACGUGUCCGUCCGCUCAGGAGGUUAUGAGGGAAGUUCCAGCGGCAAUUCCUCCCCAGAGUUCACUCGUAAAGAUUAUGGAAUCUAUUGCUCCAGCGGCACAAGAGGGAGGAGCGAAAGCCGAGAGAGCGCGAUCAGAGCGAGAUUACAAAGUGCCUCUCCCAGUGCCAGCAGAUGGACGGAGUUGGAUGAUGUGAAGAAGCUGCUGAAGGGACGCUCCUGCAGCGUCAGCCCCACGCGCUCCUCCACCGCCUCCAUCACCCUGCCUGUCCCUAAAAAGGCCAGCGUGGAAACCAAGACCAUCUCUGUCGCCUGUCAGUCGGGUUCACCAACCUCGUUUGGCUCUGGUGUGAGAUCAACCGGGUUCCAGACCAUUGAUACAUCAGGCUUUUAUGAUACUGGUCUGACAUCUGAGAAGUUUGAUUCUGGUGUAAAAUCAGGCCACUAUGAUGCCACCCUGAAAUCAGGGCAAUAUGAUACUGGCGUUAAAUCGGGCCAUUAUGGUGUUAGUCUGAAAUCAGGCCAGUAUGAUACUGGUGUGAAGUCAGGACAAUUUGACACAAGUUUAAAAUCAGGGCAGUAUGACACCACUGUGAGAUCAGCCCAGUAUGAUACUGGUGUAAGAUCAGCCCAGUAUGAUACUGGUGUAAGAUCAGCCCUGUAUGAUACUAGUGUAAGAUCAGCCCAGUAUGAUACUGGUGUCAGAUCAGCCCAGUUUGAUACUGGUGUGAGAUCAGUCCAGUAUGAUACUAGUGUGAGAUCAGGCCAGUAUGACACUGGUGUGAGAUCAAGACAGUAUGACACACUGGACGCUACACUUCCCACCUUCUCUUGGUCCACCACGACCCUGCCAUCCGCCUCCACCACAGUGAUUGCUGGCAACACCACCAGCAGCAGCAGCAGCUACGCGUACCAAGGGGGCACCAACAACAUGGCAGGCGGGACGUCCCCGGUUGGCCUCACGUCACCUUCUUCCCUGUCAGUUUAUGGCUUCCAGAAUAAUCUGGCUUCUACUUCCCCCAGUGUGCUCACCACUAGUGGAGGCAACGUUCAUGCCUCCGCUGGAGGUUAUGGCGUUCAGAAGAACUUGUCAAAUGGUGGUGGUGGCGUGGUCAGCUCUGGUGUCUCUACAACCACUAGAUCCCAAGCUGAUGAUUCGUAUAAGAAAGACUACAAGUUCCUAGUCUCUGACAAGGAGAACGCUCCAGUCAAGAGGGAUGCAGAAAUUCUCAUUUUGGCCAAAGACAGCGGGAAGCAUUUCACCAGCAGCAGCGUUCAGAUGGGAGGAGGAUCGAUAUCAGGAGAUUCAAUGAUGAAAGAGAAGCUUAUUUCAAGCUACAGUGAGACAAUGCCACUGAAGACAGAGAAAGGCAACUCCUACUAUGGUUCAUCUGGAGUUGUAAUGAAAGACAAAGCCACCUAUGCAGAGAUUCACAAGGAGAACGGCGUCUUCGGAGGUGGAGGACUGUGCUGCUGCUCCGAUGCCUGUUGCUCUUGGUGGAAAUGGCUGCUGGGUCUCCUCCUCCUCUCCCUGCUCCUGCUAGGACUCCUGUUUGGGCUCAUUGCACUGGCUGAAGACGUGAGAGCUCUGAAGAAUCGAGUGUCUACGCUGGAGGCCGAGUCCUCGGUGACCUCCGCCCGUACGAGCCGCUUCUCUAACAAUGACAUCAACGCCUUCGGGGCAGCCGGCGCCGGAGGUGCCGCGCACUCUGACAACGUGCUGCACGUCAACGCUGGAGGCGGAGGCUCAACCUCCAAAACUCAAAUCGGGAUUGCAGCUGGGUCCGGCGGCUCGUCUGGCGGAAACGGCGUCGAUGUCAUCGUCGGAACUGGUUCUGCUGGCACUGCUGGGGCCGGUUGGGCCGGCGGGUCCAUCGGGGCCGGUGCUGCAGGCGCCGGUACCAGCUUAAGUGGCAGUUCAAGCAGCGGUGGCAGUACUGGUACCAGUUCCAGCAGAAGUUCUGGCAGUUCUGGCAGUUUUGGCAGUUCCGGCAGUUCUGGCAGUUCUGGCCGUGCUGGCGGCACCAGCUUCAGUGCCACCGAUCUGGAGACGGGAGGAAGCAGAGGACAAAUAGACGUUGCUUCUCUUCAGAUGACAAUCCACCAGAUGUUAAGGAGUGAAAUGCAGUCACAGUCAUACAGAGCUUUUCUAGCGUCGACGGUGCAGGGAGAGAGAGGACUGCCUGGACCUAAAGGGGACUCUGGAUUUAAAGGAGAUCCUGGUUUCCCUGGAAUUCCAGGUGCUCCGGGUGCAGUUGGACGUGCAGGCCCUGAAGGUCAAAAAGGACAGAAAGGAAGCCAAGGUGAUCACGGACAGGACGGCGCACCCGGUGUCAGGGGUCGCGAGGGUCCUGCUGGCGCCAGAGGUGAGGCAGGACCUUCAGGCUUUGGAACGAAAGGUGAAAGAGGAGCCCCUGGUGAUCCUGGACCCGUCGGCCCGACCGGACAAAAAGGUGUCCCUGGAGUUCAUGGACUUUCUGGAGCACCAGGUAUCCAGGGCUUCCGUGGUGAGGCAGGGGAACCUGGACCCAAAGGUGACAGAGGCCUUGCUGGACUUCAAGGACUUAAAGGUGAAACCGGUGACAUGGGUCUCAGAGGUGCCAAAGGUGAUCCUGGGAUGCAAGGGGUGGCAGGAGAGAGAGGACCCAAAGGGUCCAGUGGGGACAUUGGACCUGCUGGGCCACCUGGACUCAGAGGUCCUUCCGGGCCUCCUGGAGAUUCAACUUCACUUCUAGGAGUCUCUAGGCUUCAAGGACCACCAGGGAUACCGGGGAAUCCAGGAAGACCAGGCCCUAAAGGAGAAACAGGUGAACCAGGAAGAAUCAUCAAUGCAGCUGGCUCCACGUCUUUCGGCAUUCCAGGACCACCUGGCCCUCCCGGUCCUGCAGGUCCUGCAGGUCCUCAAGGAUUAUCAGGUCCCGUUGGCCCCGCUGGUCCGCCCGGCCAAGCUGGUGUUAAAGGUGACAGGGGAUACAGGGGAGAGCAGGGAGAGCAAGCAAUAAGUGUGAGAACCAGUGAAAACUCAAGGCUGUUCAGUGCCAGUGGAGGUUCAGGACAACCAGGCCCACCCGGCCCACCGGGUCAACCUGGACGUCCAGGGGAUUCAAGACAAGGACCCCCAGGACCACCUGGGCCUCCAGGUCCUACAGGAUAUGGAAGAACAGGACCUAAAGGAGACAAAGGAGACGCAGGCUUUGCAUCCAGCAGUGGAACUGUAUAUAGUGGACAACCGGGACCACCUGGACCACCUGGACCUUAUGGGCCCAAAGGAUCAACAGGAAGUCCUGGACCAAGAGGUUUCCAAGGUGAUCCAGGCCAACCAGGGGUGCCCGGUAUCCCGGGAAGCUCUGAGAGAGUGUCGACUUACAGCGGAGGAAACGGGAUCCCUGGACCACCAGGUCCACCGGGACGUCCUGGACUUCCUGGGCCACAAGGAAUUAAAGGGGACACUGGAGCUCCUGGCUUUUCUGGCUCUUCAAGAGGCUCCAUCUCAGUCACCUCAGGCCCGCCUGGCCCCGCAGGUCCCCCAGGUCCUCCAGGCCCGACGGGCUCCUUCGCAUCUUCUAGUGAGAUGCGUCUGUACAUCAAUGACUACCUAAGUAGAAGCAGACAAUCUAGUAUCCCCGGACCUCCAGGUCCACCUGGACCUCCAGGAAUCCCAGGAACCUUCUCGGGCUCCAUCGAUGACAUCUCCGCUCGUGUCAUUGCAUAUCUGCAACGUUCUGGCUCAGGCUUUAGCAUUGGUGGUCAGGGUCUUCCAGGACCACCUGGUCCACCUGGUCCUGGCUCCGGAUCCCUGACGGUCAGCGGUCUCAUCGUCAUGCUUCAGAGAGACGAUGUGAGGCGAUAUUUGUCGGGACCACAAGGGCCACAGGGACCACCUGGACCUCCAGGCCAAUCAGGAGGCAUUUCAAGCAGUUACAAUAUUGAGGAGAUAGCCACAUAUGUCUUCAAUACCAUGAGAGAAAGAGGGAUUGCAAGAGGUCCGCCCGGACCGCCCGGUCCUGCUGGGCCCGCUGGUGCCGGUGGAUCUGGCUUCACCACCGCUACGAUUGACUAUACCGCACUAAUGAGAAAUUCAGACUUCCGCUCUUGGAUUAAUUCCGCGGUACAAAGCGGCCCUCCUGGUUCGCCUGGUGUCCCGGGGCAACCUGGCCCUCCUGGUCCUCAGGGGCCAGCAGGAGUCUCCACUUCCACUGUGAUUGGGUCGGGAGGUCGUGGCUACAGUUUGGAGGAAAUUCAGCGUUACCUGCAGAGUUCUGGUUUCCGAGCUAUUCCCGGCCCUCCUGGUCCUCAGGGUCCACAGGGACCUCAGGGUCCACCAGGAAGUUACAGUGGAUUGAUUUCCUAUGAUGGAAACCGUGAGCGUCUUCGCGCUGAAGUUCAGGAGUAUCUGACGAGUGACGUUGUCCGUCGUUCCAUCGUUGGACCGCCGGGUUCUCCAGGGCCGAGGGGUCAGAAGGGAGAACAAGGAGAGCCGGGCUACAUCCAGGGCUACGCGCAGAGCCAGAGCUACGCCGCCAGUGACCCUCGAUACGGCUCCGAGCGCCGCAGUGCCGACAUCAGCAGGCUCGCCGAGAAUCUGGAUUACUCCAGCGUCGCCAUAAAAGUCACCGACUACAUCAAGAAUCAAGGCCUGCUGCAGGAGUAUCUGGUCGAGGGCCCUUCGAGGUCAAAUGUGAGAGCAAUUCAAGGCCCCCCCGGCCCACCUGGCCCCGCCGGACCGCCCGGUCAGAGCCGCGUCAUCGGCUCCUAUGGCAACGUCACAGCUGACCUCAUGGAGUUCUUCAGAACGUACGGCACCAUCUCCGGACCUCCGGGGGGCCCUGGACCAAAGGGUGACAGAGGGUACCCGGGACCCAGAGGAGAAAAGGGUGAUCCCGGGCACCCAGGUUUAGCAGGACUACCAGGGGCCUACACUGUCCAAAUUCCACACAGAGUGCAGAAAAGGGAUGCAGGAGGUAAAGUCGUUGGUCAUCGCCACCGCCGUCACUCCAUCGGUGGCUAAACCUACUACUGGAUCAAGUCAGAUUCAUCUUUAGUCACCUUUUUUUAAACGUGUUAAACUGUAGCAAUGCAAGUAGUUGAAAAGCUUCUAAUAGUUUCUAGCUGUAGGAAAAUCACCGGAUAAUUUAAUAAAAGGGGUUACAUAUGUAAUUUGUUUAAAGGGCUAGAGUAGAGGCAUGGAUUAAGCUGCUGGUUGGUGUUGUCACACAGACUGGAUUAUUUUAGACAGGUGGGUGUAUAAUGUUUACUUUUCUAAUCAAGCUUGCAAUCCAACUUCUUUUGCAGGGGCACCUUUGUUUAAGAGGGUAUCUAUCAUUAAGAAAUAAAUAGCUAAGCAGUAUUUCAAUUGCACUUUGCCUCUUUUCGCAACGCUCAUGUAAAUUGGUGUAUGUUUUUUUUUCUUUUCUAUUUGUUGUCGUUUGAUUUAACAUUUAACAGAGUCCUCAAUCAAAUCAAAGGUUCAUGAAAUACUGUUUUCCGUUCACCCUGAAUUAAUUAUAAAACAAUUUACAUUAGUAAAUAAAGGGAUGAGUCAUUACGAUAAUUAUUUGUGCAACAGCGAGGGGCCUUUGGUUACAGUAAAUGUUGCUGUAAUGAAGACUAAUGAUUUACUUUAGUUUGUUGGUAAAAUAAAUACAAUUGUUUAUUGAAAAACAGAUAAUCACUUAAAUGCCUGAUUGGAUUGUAUAUUUUUGUACGAGUGCACUGAAAUGGAUAUAUUUUCUUUAAACCAAGAAGUGUUGAAAAGAUUAACUCAUAAAAUGUUCCCAGAUCAUGUUUAUCGUAAUUCACUAAUUAAUUCAUCUGAUCAAUUAUUUGAAGGGAAGAAAAAUAAAAUCUAUUUUUGGA